CAUCACCAAAACAAAAACCCCAAACUCACAAAACCAACAAAACCAACAAAACCAUUCCUUUUUGGUUCUUCACAAUCUCACUCACUACAAAAAUGAUGCGUUACCAAGCAGAGCGUUCAUGGGAGUAUUACAUGCCGGCGACGGCAGCAGCGGCAGCGAGAGACCCAGUGGACCGAGUAAUCCGGCUGGCGGCGGAGAGUGCGGUGGUGAUAUUCAGUGUGAGCAGCUGCUGCAUGUGCCACGCCUUGAAACGGUUGCUUUGUGGAAUGGGCGUGAGCCCAACGGUGUACGAGCUCGACCAUGACCCCAGAGGAAAAGAAAUUGAAAGAGCUUUAAUGAGGCUCGUCGGAGCCGCCUCGCCGCCGGUCCCCGUCGUCUUCAUCGGCGGGAAACUUGUGGGGUCCAUGGAUAGAGUUAUGGCUUCUCAUAUCAAUGGCACUUUGGUCCCUCUUCUCAAGGAAGCUGGUGCCUUAUGGCUCUAGAAAUCUUCCCCCCCCCCUUUUUCCUUUCCUCAAUAUAUAAUUUUUUUCUUUUUAAUUUUUUCUUGUUGGCCCAUUUUUU